AUGAGCAUCACAGAUGUCCUUAGCGCUGAUGACAUCGCAGCAGCCCUGCAGGAGUGCCAAGACCCAGAUACUUUCGAACCCCAAAAAUUCUUCCAGACAUCAGGCCUCUCCAAGAUGUCGGCCAGCCAGGUGAAGGAUGUUUUUCGGUUCAUAGACAAUGACCAGAGUGGAUAUCUGGAUGAAGAAGAGCUUAAGUUUUUCCUCCAGAAGUUCGAGAGUGGGGCUAGAGAGCUGACAGAGUCAGAAACCAAGUCCUUGAUGGCGGCUGCAGAUAAUGACGGAGAUGGGAAAAUUGGGGCCGAUGAAUUCCAGGAAAUGGUGCAUUCUUAA